UAUGUGGGAAACCACAGUGGGAAACACAAAUAAUUGGAAAUUUGGAAUUUUGUAGUUUGUUAUCACAGUUGUAAUUAUUGAUUAUUUUCUUCUUGAUUUAAACGAAAUAAUUGUAAGCAAUCAUGGAUACUGUUGUUAAAAGUAUGUUGGAAGAGGAACCAGAAGAGGAGAAAAAGGGUUUAAUGUUUAUGGGACGAGAUUUGUCGAAGAUACCAUGCUUCCGGGAAAGUUUCCUUUAUGGCAUUGCAUCAGGAGUAGGCGUUGGAUUAGCGGCUUUUCUCAAGACUUCAAAGCCUAUGAUGUCUCAACAUAUUGGGUUCGGAACAUUCACUGUAUCUACUCUAGUCUAUUGGGCAUACUGUAGGUACCAGUGGUCCAGACAAAGAUUUGACGCACAGUUGCUACAAGAAGCUUUGAAAGACAAAAUAAAGUAUGAAGGGACUGUUAUUGAGAAGGAAUUAGAAUCAAAAGGUGUUUUAAAGUCAGCGUAGGCAUUUUCUUUAUAUGUAGUUCAUAUUGAGCCAAGUAUAAUUUUGCUUACUUUGUAACAACUAAAGUUUGGCAAAAUUGAAUAUUUAUUUAUGUACUUAUCCCAUACUAAAUAAGCAUUUAGACAUGAUGCAAUGAAGUUAUGAUUAUGAUAUAAAGAAAAAUCUUGACUUUCCUGAUAGAUUACUCUUGUAGGCAAAUUGCCAUGUUAAUGUUCAGUGUUGCCUGGGACUUCUACAUUUAUUUAAUUAUAGACUGGAUUAUGUAAGUACUGUAAAUUGUGUAUCUAUUGUAGUUAUAGUAAAAUAAAUAUUAAAUCAUUGAAUUAGAA